AUGGAGCUUUGGUGGAUUGUACUUUUUAAAAUUUUUAUUAUUCAAGGAGUCAUUGAAAUAGGAAAAUCCGAAGUAGAAAUUAAACUUUUGCACGUGCUAUUUCGUCAUGGCGAUAAAGUACCCCACAAAGAGUUCCAAUUUUACCCCAACGACCCACACGGAAAUCAUUCAUAUUAUCCCAUGGAUAGUGGAGAUUUAACAAACAAAGGAAAACUGAGAGAGUACAAAAUUGGAAAAUUACUUCGAGAGAAAUAUGGGAACUUCUUAGGCCCGUACUACCAUCCCAGCUUGAUCUUUGCCCGCUCCACAGACGUGCCUAGAACUCAGAUGUCGUUAGAACUUGUUCUUGCAGGCUUAUUUCCUCCGACUAGGCCACAAAUUUGGAACCCGGACUUGCCCUGGAUCCCCGUCACCACCGUUUCUGUGCCAAACGAACAAGAUAGUUUGCUUUUUCCCCAUCACUGUCCCGAGUAUAUAAAAGAGUACCAAAACUUUUUGAAGCAAGAUCAGGCGAAAAAAAUAAUAAACAAGUAUAAAGAUGUGAUGAAAUAUUUAACUGAGUAUACUGGCAAACAAGUCGUCAAAACUUCUGAUGUUUAUUAUCUAUAUAACUUGUUUAACGAACAGAUUGCGCAAAAUUUAACUUUACCAGAAUGGGCGAAAAAUGUUUACCCGACUCCGAUGAAAGAAAUCACGGAAUUGGAUUUUAAUUUCAGAUCAUACACAAACAAAUUAAAACGCUUGAAUGGAGGAAUUCUACUGCACGAGAUAACGGAAGGAAUGAAAGCAUUGAAAGAUAGAGUACUACAACCACGGCAGAGAAAAGCUUUUUUUUAUUCAGCUCAUGAGGUGAAUGUGGUGGCAGUGGCACGAGCGCUUGGUACUAAUGAUCCAGUAUUACCAUUAUAUGGAUCCACUAUCAUAUUUGAGACUCUUAAAGACGAUCUUGACAAUUAUUUCGUCAGAAUACAAUUGUGGACCGGAGUUACAGAGCAAUUUGUGACUCAAACGAUACCAGGAUGCUCUGAAGUUUGUCCCCUUGAAAAAUUUAUUCUCCUUCUGCGCGAUGUUAUUGCGACCGGAAAAGAAGUCGAUUGCUACGGCUUGAACAAAAAAAAUCAUUCAAAGGAGUACUCAGAAACAUCAUCGAGCAAUAAAUUAAAUUUUAAUCCAAGCAUACUUAUUUGCUUGAUUUUUUACACGAUUAAAAUUUUUCAAACGUCAAUUUAA